CAGGGUAGCAGCACAGUCUCCAUGGCGGCGGCCAAGAUCGUCGUCCUCCUGGCCGCGACGACGGCGCUCUUUGCCGCCGCGGCAGGGGCGGCGGACCCCCAACCCCCGCAGCUCGCAUCGGAAGCCCAGUGCUGGCCGUGCUACUCCUCCUGCAUGCAGACGUGCGACGCCCACGGCAGCACCCCCGCCCCCGAUGUCGUCAACUCUACCGAUGGUAGUGCGGUUGCUGUACACUCCACCGUCGGCGCUCCAGCUGCCAUCCACAAAACCGAGGAUGGUUCAGGCGCCCCCGUUGCUGACGGCUACGACGACAAAGGUGGCAGCAAAGGUGGCGGCGGGGAUGACUACGAGAAAUACUUCGAGUGCAAGAAGAAGUGCAUCGUCGACUGCUACAAGGACCUGCCGCCGGUGUGUUACAAGAUGUGCGUCUCCCAGACCUGCCUCACCCUGCCACCAUGUAAACGAGGGGAUUGCUUCAAAGCAUGCGGGAGCAAAUGCUUCCACAACCAGCCGUACCCCGGGCCAAACCCGGGUCCAACACCUCCUAAGCCCAUGCCACCGCCGCCAUCACCCCCGAAGCCCAUGCCGCCGCGGCCGUCGCCCAUUCCACCGAAGCCAUCCCCGCCGAAUGCCGCUGCCAAAGCCAAUGGCUACUAGUUGUAUCCGCGUCGAGCAACACUAGCAACAACUGAUGGGUGUACGUCGGUACGCGACGAAGGUUUAUGCACACAUACAUUCAAAAAGGACGAUAUGAAUAUAUGAUGGCGCCCUAUAUGAUUGCUACAUUUUCUUUCUUACAACAAAGGAUGAAUUUUAUUUACUCCCUCAAUCCAUAUAUAUAGUGUCUAAUAUGUUUUCGAGAUGGCCUUUGACUAUUGAUAAGAUUAAUAGUAUAUGAGAUGUAUAAUGUAAAAAUUAUAUCAUUGAAAGCUCCUUUCACACGAAUUUGAUGA